UUUCCCGGCAGCCGCGGCUGAGGAGCGGCCCCGGCGCUGUGCCCGGCUCGGGCAGGAGGCCAAGGAGCCGCUGCUGCUGCCCCGAACCGCCGGGAGCUCGGCGUGACCGGGACCUGAGGGCGCUGGGAGCUGGGGAUUUUUCAUUCCCAGGGCGUGUGUGGAUGGAGGAUGAGGAAAAGCCCUGGAGAUUUCGCACAAGGAGGGGCUGCAAACCCAGCACAGGGAGCUGCGGGGAGGAAAGAGCCCCCCUGAGCCAGGAAGGCGGCCAAAGAUCCAGCCAGAGCUCAGAGCUGGUGGAGAAGCCUCAUGGCAGAGAGAAGCCUCAUGGCAGGGAGAAGCCCCACAAGUGCUUGGAAUGUGGGAAGGGCUUCAGGUGGAACUCCAACCUGAUCCAGCACCAGAAGACCCACACUGGGGAAAAGCCCUACGAGUGUGGGGAAUGUGGGAAGUAUUUCAGCCGGAGCUCAACCCUGAUCCGGCACCAGGAGAGCCACACUGGGGAACGGCCCUUUGAGUGUGGGGAGUGUGGGAAGAGCUUCAGAGACUGCUCUGACCUGAUCCGGCACCAGAGGAUCCACACUGGGGAACGGCCCUACGAGUGUGGGGAGUGUGGGAAGAGUUUCAGCCAGAGCUCCCAACUGAUUCGGCACCAGAUGAUCCACACUGGUGAAAAGCCCUAUGAGUGUGGGAAAUGUGGGAAGAGUUUCAGGCAGUGCUCUGGCCUGAUGAGACACCAGGUGAUCCACACUGGGGAACAGCCCUACACCUGCUUGGAAUGUGGGAAGAGCUUUGGGUGGAGCUCCACCCUGAGAACACACCAGCGCAUCCACACCGGGGAGAGGCCCUAUCAGUGUCCUGAGUGUGGGAAGAAGUUUCAUGUCAGCUCCGAUCUCGUCAAACAUGAGCAGAUUCACACCGAGGAGAGGCCCUUCCGCUGCCCCGACUGCGGGAAGGGCUUCAAGCGCAAUUCCACUCUCACCACCCACCGGCGCAUCCACACCGGGGAGAGGCCCUACGGGUGUCCUGAAUGUGGGAAGAGCUUCUCCAGGAGCUCAGCCUUGACCCAACACCAACAGAGUCACUUGGGGGAGAAGCCCCACAAGUGCUUGGAAUCUGGGAAGGGUUUCAGCUACAGCUCCACCCUGAUGGAACACCUGAACAUCCACACUGGGGAGAGGCCCUGGGAGUGUGAGGAAUGUGGGAAGAGCUUCAGUGGGACCUCUGACCUCAGCAAGCACCACAAGAUCCACACUGGGGAAAGGCCCUAGGAGUGCUUGGAAUGUCAGAAGAGCUUCAGGUGGGAUUCAGAGAUCGUCACUCACCAGCACUUCCACAACAGGGAGAGGCCCUGCGAGUGUCCCGAGUGUGGGAAGAGCUUCGUGCGCUGCUCCAGCUCCAUCCCCCAUGGGAGGAUCCCUCAUGGCAGGGAGAAGCCCCACAAGUGCUUGGAAUGUGGGAAGGGUUUUAGUCGGAGCUUAGACCUGACUGAGCACCAGGUGAUCCACACUGGGGAGCAGCCCUACGAGUGUGAGGAGUGUGGGAAGCGUUUCAGCUGGAGCUCCAGCCUGAGGCAGCACCAGGUGAUCCACACUGGGAAGAGACCCUAUGAGUGUGAGGAGUGUGGAAAGAGCUUCAGCCAGAACUCUGUCCUGAUCCAACACCAGAGGAUCCACACUGGGGAAAAGCCCUUUGAGUGUGGGGAAUGUGGGAAGAGCUUCAGGCAGAGGGGCCAACUGAAGCAACACCAGAUGAUCCACACUGGGGAAAAGCCCUAUGAGUGUGGGGAAUGUGGGAUGAGCUUCAGCCAGAAGGGCCACCUGAUGCAACACCAGAGGAUCCACACAGGGGGAAAGCCCUAUGAGUGUGGCGAAUGUGGGAAGAGCUUCAGCCAGAGCUCUGGCCUGAAGAAACACAAGAGGAUCCACACUGGGGAAAAGCCCUAUGAGUGUGGGGAGUGUGGGAAGAGCUUCAGCAUGAAAUGCCAGCUGACGGAACACCAGAAGAUCCACACUGGGGAAAAGCCCUACAAGUGUGGGGAAUGUGGGAGGAGCUUCAGAGGAAGCUCGGCCCUGAUUCGGCACCAGGUGAUCCACACGGGGGAACGGCCCUACACCUGCUUGGAAUGUGGGAAGAGCUAUGGGUGGCACACUGACCUGAGAAAACACCAGCAGAGCAUUCACUCUGGGGAGAAGCCCUACAAGUGUCCCCAGUGUGGGAAGAGGUUUCACAGGAGCUCCGAUCUCCUCGUACAUGAGCGAAGUCACACAGACGAGAGGCCCUUCCGCUGCCCUGACUGUGGGAAGGGCUUCAAGCAAAACUCCAAACUCACCAUCCACCGGCGUAUCCACACGGGGGAGAGGCCCUACAAAUGUCCUGAGUGUGGGAAGAGCUUCUCCACGAGCUCAGUCUUGACCAAACACCAACGGAGGCGCCACUGAGGGAAGCCCUGUGAAUACCCCAAGUUCAGGAAGAGCUUCAUGCACUCCUCCAACUCCAUCCCCCAAGGAAGGAUCCACAUUGGGUGGUCCCCAGUGACCCUCAUUGGGCAGAGCCCUGAUGAUCCAUGGUCCUGGUGAUCUGUGUUGAGAAGACACCUGGCUGGGUGGCUCCACAUCUUCCUGGCUUCCCGUGGGCACAUGGAUGUAUACGGGGGCAGGAACAUCCAUUGGGACGCAGACCAACAAUGGGAAUUCCUUGGGGAGAGCGGAUUUGUUGACUUUCACCCCCAUAAAAUCUUUUGCAUUCAAUCCUAUCUUCUGGUGGCAUCAAGGAAUACUGAAUGGUCUUGGAGGUCUUUCCCAGUUUCAGGGAUGCCAUGAUUUUGAUUUCCUAUUGCCCAAAGGUGUCUUUGGCAGACAAAUGGUGAAAAAGUGGAGAAAAGACCAAGAUUUUUGAGACAGUGGGGUAGAAACUCCACCAAAAAAGGUUCUUCCCUCCCACCAAGCACACAGGUCCUCUGCCAGCAUAGACACGGAAGUCCUUUUCUUUUGGCCUUGAUUUUCUUUUCAUUUCUCUUCAUCCUUUUAAAAUAUCUGAUAUUGGAGUAAAAAUAAAGACAUUGAAUUAA